GGGGGGGGGGGGUAAGCAUGCUUUUCUGUAAACAUGUUCUUCGUCACUUCUCUCUCACUUCCCUCUCAGAAGUUCCACCAACCUUGCUUUAACCCUGACCAAACAGCACCGGAGGCGAUAUCGAUAUCAUUUCCCUCCCCCCUUUUGACCCCUUCUUUCACUUCUUUCACCCCUUUCACCCCCGCUUUCCCACCGUCUUCGUAUUAUCUCGCAGGCUCGUGGCAGCCUUGUCGCUACCCUGACUUGAAAACAACAAAGUCACCUCGUCCUGGCAAUAGAAGCCGAGCAGAGCUGCCAGAGAUGGCUCAGCCAUAUGAUCUGCUGCAACACUCUCUCGAGUCCGAAGGACUGCAUGAUCUGGUUUAUGAUGAUCUUCUAGACUUUGAUACAGAUCUAGGGCUAGGGGAGCUAUCUGAGUAUGAGGAGAUGCUGCUUAUGGCCUUGAGACGUGGUAGAGCUACACCUGUUGCUCGGGACGAUACAAACUGGUUCAACGAGCCACCUCACCCUCCUCCGCCUCCUCCAAGCCCUGAUUACACUCAAUCCCGUCAAACUCCCGCACCUGAGGCCCCUGCGAAGACGGGCCCUAAAUCCAGUGGAUUGGGUCCAAGACCCCUUCUCGACAUGGCUAUGACAAAGCUCCUCGAGAAUAUCAUGGAAGUGCCAGAUAGUGGCCUGGAUCGAGUCCCUGUCCACAUUCUGCUGCGAGUCUGGAAGCAGGUACAAGAAAGGGGUGUCUCUCUGAGUGACUGGAAAGCCUUUGUCGGGACCCUUGUGGAGAGAGACUCUGCUGCACCAGUGACUCUCUACCAGUUUUUCGAGCAUAUUCCCAACCCCACGGCCAAGCUCUCUGUAUACACGACACCACUCAAUUCCUCAAGCUGCAUGUUCAUAACCUACCUCAGCAUUCACAGCAACUUCCACUUCAAAACCGAAGAAUUCCUGGGACUUGCUGGCAUGACAAACCUCGGCGUCUUGGAGAUCACCGACAUGUCGACCGAUCGGUACCCCAAGACGUACCAAUAUCAGGUUAAUGAUAUGCUCCUCAAGGGUUGGAGCGAACAGCCCGGAGCAUUCCCAGCACUGCGCAUCCUCAGAAUCCAGGCCGCCGGCAACCUCGUCUCGAAACUUUGUCUCCAUUAUGUUUCCGGAUUUCCGUCAUUAGCUGUAUUCCAGGUCAAACUAUGCGACUUCCAAGUGCGGGCAGAUCGGCGAUAUGCAAGGGACCUGGGCUGGCAGGUAUCUGGGGGCCCGGUCCGCCGGGAUAUCGUGGGCAUCCUCAGGGGCCUGAAGUCCAUCCCAAGACGGGGGCGCACGUGGCAGUAUCCUCGCUACGAAGCCGACUUCGAGCUGGAGAGUAUCUUGGCCACCAUCUUUACUCAAAAAAGGGCACGGAUUCACAUUCAUUCUCCCUCCGUUUUCGGCCGGCUCGACUGGAAGACCUUUUUCGACAGGUACCGCGGAGAGAAAGCCCCCCAGGACUCGGGCGAACCCGAUUUCGGCACCUGGGCAUUCUGGCUGUACGCCGCCGUCGGCCACAAGAUUUCAAACAGCGAUCUCCCGGAGCGGGUGCGGAGGACCCUCAAACGCCCAGUUCACCUCGAGGGCCUCGAAGUCUCCCCCGUGCCCAUUGCGUGUCUCCAGUUGGGCGAGCAACCUCCCUACCGCCUCAGUGAAGAUGAGAUUACACAAUUGGGCCAAGGCCUUCUACGCGAAGGCCGCAAAAAGGGCCGCAACAAAGUCUCUAAACGAGGUCGCAAACGAAGGGUCGGACGCCUUCUCCCUGACGACCCCAGACGAGGUCGUGCCUUUAUCUUUGUACGAUCACCCACGGGACGGCCAUCGCCCCCUGAAGAUACGGUCCAUGCCGGGACGGAGGACCAAGGCCACGGUGGCUUAUCCACACAGCACGGGGCCUGAGAGGACGAUUUGGGAAGCAUCAGGAUGUGACAGAAGUUGUGUACGACUUCCAUUUUCCCUCGAUUAGCUUGAUUGGGCUCGAUCGAUCUGUAAGAGUGUAACAAGAAGUCCGGCUAUGGUACAGUCACCAGAGGAGAGUGAACAAGUUUUGUAUGACUAAGGACAUCCAUCAUUACGCGCCAGAGCUAUGAUAGAGAUAGAUACAGAGACGGAGACAGGGACAGAGACAGAUAUAUACGUGUCUACACCGUGUAAUACCAAACAUAAUACAACAUUCGUCAAGC